AUGUCUCGGCUUCUGAUUGCUACACAGCAACAACUCCCGGCAUCCCACGCUUCCCCGGAGCGCCCUCGCUCACACUUUAGUCUUCAAGAUGUUCAUGAUCUUCCGCCACGUCAACCUCGAUCGACUUUCCUGGCCGUCGGCUCGCCCUUCACCCACCAUCCUAAUAAUCGAUCCACCCACUCGCUACCUCACGCUUCCUCGCCAGUCUCUCCAUUGCCCCAAACCUUCGUCUCAUGCUACCACCAAAGGCAAUACGUGCCGCCAAUCUACUUCCCCAUGCGCCACCACCACCUCUCCAGAAAUCUAACUGGGGCCCUCCCACCACGGCGGACGUGCCAACGUUGCUCUGCGGGGUCCUCCCCUGACCGUUGGGUAGGUAUUCCGUUACGCCGUACUACCGGCCUGGCAACGCUUCACCCCAAAUCCGCAAUGAUACUGGCUUUUCUUUUUUCUUCAUCGUUGGUCGAACGACAUUGGGUUCAAAACCUCGAGGUAAGACUCUAG